AUGAAGAUCACAUUGGCAGCGGCAUUCAUCCUUCUCUUAGCCUUUAGCACAAAGCCAAUGCUCGGAGGAUCAGCCGAUGCAAAACCGGAGCCAGUUCUCUCCGGCAGCAAAAUGCUCCGAGCAGGUCACAGUUACUACAUAAUUCCAGUUCCCCAGCCCCCAAGCGGCGGCCUUCAGCUUGCAAGCAGUAGAAGAAAGUGCCCACUUGACGUUAUUACAGUGCAAGAAGAUCCAAGCCUACCAUCAUCCUUCGUUCCCGUCAACUCCAAGGACGGUAUGAUUCGUGUCUCUACUGAUCUCAACAUCGUGUUCAAUACUGACACAGACACAGGAUGUCCUCAGUCCAACGUGUGGAAGGUCGAUGACUACGAUAAUAGCACUGGACAGUGGUCCUUGACGACGGGCGGGGUUGUGGGGAAUCCUGGACCACAAACAGUGAGGAAUUGGUUCAAGAUUGAGAAGUAUGAAGAUGGUUAUAAGUUGUUGUACUGUCCAAGUGUGUGUAGGAACUGUAAUAAUGUUCCGUGCAAAGAUAUUGGGACGUAUAUUGAUAGCUCUGGAUACGAGCAUCUUGUCCUGAGUGACAUGCCCUACAAAAUUCAAUUCCUAUGA